UUUUAUACAGGUAUUUAGAAAAAAUUUCAUGCUGAUCUAAUAUCAUUUGAGAUUGGAGAAACUUGGAGAGACGGAGCUUGUCUGAACUGUUCCUGUGUUCUCCAAGGACUUGGAGCUGAACCUGUCUGUAAGCUUGAAACCUGCAAGGAGAAGAUGAUGGAUGAGAACUAUGUCACUGAAUCUAUUCUGAACCCUGAUCAAUGUUGUCCUCUUGUAAAGAGAACUGCCUGUAAAGUUAAUGGGAACAUUUAUCAGGUCGGAACGACCUGGGUUGGGACGGAUAUCUGCUCUGAGUACUCUUGUGAACUGGUGGAGGGAGAAGCUAUCAUAAAGGUCAAGGAAAAACUAUGUGACCGGUCAUGUGGAAAGGGGUUUGAGUACGAGCCUACUCCAGGUAGUUGCUGUGGUCGGUGUAUUCAGACCCACUGUAAGCUAGAUUCAGGAGAUCUUAUCCUUCCUGGAUCUACCGUUCAACUGGAUAAUUGCACAAAGCUAAACUGUAUUCUGCUAGAUACAAAGGUAAACUGUAUUCUGGUAGAUACAAAGGUAAACUGUAUUCUGGUAGAUACAAACGGUAACCUAUAUUCUGGUAGAUACAAAGUUUCCAGAGGAAUUUGUUUUAGAAAACAUUGUAUGAAGUUUCAGGCGCGUACGAGGGCAUUUGUCUAG